CUACAUCAUAGAAGAUUUUGCGACUUCCACAACCCAAAUCUGCUACCUAAAGCCAUAUCUUGCUGGGUUCUGUACUUGCAUCCUGUUGGGGCCUCAAUCUAUCUUGGCUGAAGAAGCGAGAGCGCGAUGGUUUUGGCACUCGCUAUACAUACAGUGGGAACUGUUUCUGCAAAGGUGCCCUUUGCAAUUGUGGCCCUUUUGGACCAUGUUCGUCAGAAGAAGCUCCCCCCAGAGCUCAAAUGUCGUCAGGUGUUUCCAACGUCUGGCCUCAGAUCAACAAGCCUGUGGGAUACUACGGAUAUCGAAACGCUACAGCUCUGGCUCGAUGAGUUCCUGGAUGCUGACUGCACAAAUGAAGUCUUUGAGGUGCAAGAGGACUUUGCUUUCGGCAUUUCUGCAGAGUUGACAAGGCUCCGCACCGCUGAGAAGGUGAGCGCAGCUGUCAGCGAGCGCACCAAGUCAGCGGCUGCAGUGGCGAGCCAGCAGAUGACGGAUCUGGAUGCCAAGUACCGGGUGUCACAGCAGGCAGCUUCAGCCGUUCAGGCUGCCAGGGAAGCCAGCAGGGUGGCUGGCACCCGCCUGGCCACAGGCUUCGGCAAAGUGCAUGCCAGAGCGAUGGAGAACCAGCAGAUCUCCGCGGCCGCCACAGAGAUCAACGCACGCUGGAAGCGCCUGGGCGCGACAGUGCCCUUCUUCAACAGGAGCCCCUCCAGCAGCCAGGGCGGGUCCCCCUUGACUCACGGCACCAACCCCAACUUCAAGGAGCCCACCAGCCAUGCAGCGCCCCCCACCUCCAGCGCUGCCCAUGCCCAACCUGGGAAGAGUGAGGAGGGAACGCCUACUGCCGUGGCCAGGCCUCAGGCAUCGAGGGCCGCGUCCGCGUCGCCGGCCGCCAGCCCGGCCAAGCCGCCUCCGGCGCAGGCAGCCGCCCCUCCGAGCGUAGCGCCAAAGCCGGAGGCCGGCAAGCGGGACGUCUUCACCCUCGAUGACGCGGAUGUCUGA